AUGGUGGAGUCUGGUCUUUAUGAACCACCACUUUACAUCAAUCUCGUGCGGAAGACACACAAGCGAUCAGAUGGAAAUGGUCGAUCUGAGACUCUUGUCCAUGAAGUAGAGAAAGUUGUAGCACAAAUGACAGCUGCUGAUGGAUCUCCCAUUUCUUCCAGCCAAACCACCUCAACAGCUGCAACUCCUUCUCGCAUUCUCCUCAACCAAGAAUUUCUCAAAGUACUCGAAAAUAACUCACUCAUUCCUUUAGUCUCUACAAGCCAUGGGAGAGUAUACGGAAUAUGCAGUGUGCAGCUACGGGAUUUCAAUCCGACCGAGUCAGUCCAUGAAUCUCUUUCACACAGCAUGGACAUGGACAUGUGUAUCUCUAGUUUGGAGGUUCAUUCGGAAGCUUUCAAGUCAAACAUUACCGAACUUAAACAAGAUGUGGUGGCGAUGAAGGGUGAGUUGAAGGAA